AUGAUUGACUGGGAGAAGUGUCCAGCAGUCGAAAGCGUACCUGGAAGGCUCAGCGGAGCUUGGGUGUUCACCAGGACUCGGGUGCCGGUCUCAGCCCUGUUCGGGAACCUGGCCGCCGGAGCCACCAUAGAAGAGUUCCUGGACUGGUUUGAAGGCGUGGAGAACUGGCAGGUAAACGCCGUACUGGAACACGUGGUCGAGGGCCUGGACGCCAAGAUAAGGCAUGAGAAUCCUGUUUGA